AUGUCGAGAAAGAUAAAAACUGAGAUUUCCGGUCGUGGGCUGCCGUUGUUCCUUCAACGGGCAAUAGGAACGAUGGCGAUGCUGAUGAUGGGUUGCAUGCUCAUUUCCGUACCAGGCGCCACUUCUCUGUCCGAUGACGAUGGCGCUGUUGAUGAUAAGGCCAACAUCAGCACCAUCGAAAAGCUGCAGCUGAAUAUUUUUAUUAAUUAUGACGAGCACACUCAGCCCACUGUUGGAGGGCAUCCAACGAACAUCAGCCUUGGGCUCUCGGUCAAUUACAUUGACAUCGACGAACUGGAUGGAAAGAUCACGCUCCAUUGCUGGUUAAAUGCGCGCUGGAAAGAUGAAUCACAUAUUUGGAAUGCAAGUGAGUACGACAACAUCACCAAGGUGCAUAUGUCGGGACACAAGUUAUGGAAGCCACAGAUUACGCUCUUCAAUUCGGCCGUUGAGGAGGGCAACUUUCUGGUAAGCACGCAGCUGAUCCUCUCCAGCGAUGGUAGCGUGCUCUGGGUCACUCCGGCUGUCUACACCGCCUACUGCAGUCUCAAUAUGCGCAACUGGCCCUACGACGAACAGACGUGUAAACUGAAAAUUGGCACCUGGUCGAUGAAUCACAUUGACGCUGUCUACAACAAGGAGAAUCAUGAGCUCAACUACGAGAACGUCGUUGAGUCCACAGAAUGGGAAAUUCUCAGCGGCCUAACGAAGUUUGUGCACAAAGACAUUUACAACUACAUCGAAUUCACAUUCAGGGUGAAGCGUCGAUCCUCCAUGUACACAGCUGUCAUUUAUACACCUGCCAUUUGCAUUGUCAUCCUGGCGCUGUCCACCUUCUGGCUGCCACCUCAAAUGGGCGAGAAGAUACUGCUGAAUGGCAUCCUCAUCGUCUUGAUCUCCGCCUUCCUCAUGUACUUUGCCCAACUCUUGCCGGUGCUGGCCGAGAACACGCCACUAAUUGUGGUAUUCUACAGCGCCAGCUUGUUGCUGCUCAGCCUAUCCAUGAUUAUCGAAGUUGUGGUGCUUUAUCUGGCCACAGCACAGCACAAGCGGCGACUGCCCGAUUUCCUCAAGAAUUUGCUGAAUGGUAAGCUUGGCACUUGGCUCUUCCUCUCCUACUUCAGCAAUGAGAGUGAAUCGAUGACCGCCCGAAAUGGCAACGGCAUCAUCAAGGAAUUGGACGACCAUGUGUACGAGAAUGCAGAUGAGCCCAUCAAUCCUCUGGACAUUAACAGCGAAGUGCCCUCGGCUCGUGCUCUGCAGUAUGAUUGGGUGCUGCUGGCCACCGCUGUGGAUCGCAUCUGUUUCCUGGGCUUUGGUCUGGUCUUCGCGGUGCUGUGCAUCGUUUACGGCGUCUAG